GAAAAAAGUAAUUUUAUCAAUGUGGCACACCACCAGCUGUGCAAAGGCAGAUUUUUCUGCCUCUUUAGAAAUCUUACGCCGGCUUCAACCAGCAUAUGAGAUGGGCUUGCGGAAUGUAGCCGCAACACUUGUUACCAUGCUACGGUCUUCGUUAAUAGAUUUAAUCUCUAUUAGGCUCUAUAUUAGAUGAAAAGGAUAUACAGAGACCGCAGACUCAAAUAUCUUCACUAAACUUUCAUUUCUUUUCUUCCAUCUUCCAUCCAUGGCGGCUAACCACUUCAACUCCCAUCUGGGUUUAGCUCUAGCCUAUCUAAUCUUCCUCAUUUCAAUCCCCAAAUCUCUAUCAGUCCUUGAGCCUCAGCCUGCUCCUCCCUCUGUCUGGGAUAUCCUUCCUAAAUUCGGUCUCCCCAGUGGGCUUCUACCAAGCACUGUCACCGAUUAUGUCCUCCACGAUGAUGAGAGGUUCAUCGUCAUGUUGGACAGCCCUUGCUACAUUCAAUUCGAGUACUUGGUCUACUACGAAAAGACCAUCACUGGAAAACUGGGUUAUGGCUCCAUUACCGAUUUGGAAGGCAUCCAGGUGCAGCGGUUCUUCUUGUGGUUCGAUGUGAAUGAGAUCAAGGUCGAUUUGCCACCCUCCGACUCCAUAUAUUUCCAAGUUGGAUUCAUCAACAAAAAGCUCGACGUUGACCAGUUCAAAACCAUCCAUUCUUGCCGUGAUGAGGUUACGGGCUCUUGUAAAUAUUCUUCGGAAUCACUUCUUCAGUGACGUUUGUAAUUUCAGCUUCCAACGCCUAGAAACGAAAUUGAGGAGCUAAUUACGGAGUAGGUGCCAUGGAGUGGUGUAUUGGCAUGGAAUGGAGAGAGGUACUGUGCAGACUCCAAAAGGAUGGGUCUGGCAUCAGAAUGUGUUAUAAGUAGAUUUUGUAAAUAAUGGACGUACAUAUUUUAACUAUAGUUUUAAUGUGUGAGAUCUAUAUUUCUUUGCCUCAAUUCGCUAGGCAUAUAAAUGGGGUUUCAGUUUUACGAUGUGACCCUUGUUUGAAUUGGACCAGUUGGUUAGAUAUCAAUUUGGAUAAUGGUUUUGAAUUAUUCAGAUUGAAAAUUGAUAAAGGAUUGAACCUGUUAAAAA